CAUCAGAAACAAUCAAUCUCAUGAGCUCUGCGAAGGGUUUAAAGGACUUUCUUUUUUUGUGCUCCUUGACUUUUUGUUUUGUUCCCAAGGUCCUUUUUAUAGAUCCAAGAGCUGUUCAAGACAGUUUCUCCCAGACACUUCUAGUGCUCUUUUUGCUCACUCAGGGAAAUCUGUUUCUGGCUAAGUAUUUGCGGUGCGAAUGAAAAAUUGGCAGCGACCUGUGGAAUUCUGUAUAAAAAGGGAAGAUGCCAGACUUGAGUGUGGGCCUCUGAAAAAGAUGAUCCUGGGUGUGGAAUAGUCUCUGCGUGGCCCUGUUGGGAGCAGACUGAUAAGGCUCCUUGUUUCCUAGCAACCACACGUCUGCCAUAAUCAGAACCUGCCCCUCUGCAGCUGGAAUGAGAAUCCUGAAUGUCUCAAAAUUGUACCUUUAACCGAGACAUCUCUCAUCCCUGGGCAUGGCAGUGCCAUAUGUCCUUCUCUUAACUAGACUCGUAGCUGAAGUUACCAGCAAAUCCACCGAAAGUUCGGUUUCGCAGUCAGAGUGUUGCAUCGAUGUGUUGGAUGCCAACAGUACCUGUCCUGUCACCAACCAGUGCAGUCCAGGUUGUUACAGAAGGUGGAACGAGGAUGGUAGUAGCAGCUGUAUUAAAUGCAAGAAUGACACCACUCCUGUUACAUCAGCUUACAAUCUGAGCGAUUGCAAAAAUACUCCUCCUACCAGAGGAAUGCAUUUCCAAAUGAAUGUAAGCACUGUAACCCCCAUCCUACCAAAUAUAGCGGGUCCAGAAGUGGCAGCUUCGCUCAUCUUAGGGACAUUCUUCAUCAGUUUAUUCCUAAUUCUGUGUGUGGCUUCGUUCUUCUACCUCAAACGUGCCAAUAAACUUCCAAAUAUAUUCUACAGAAGAAACAAAGCAUCUGUUCUGCAGCCCAGUGAAACAGCAUCAAUGAUACCUCCACCUACUUCUUCAGUUCGAAAGCCACGUUACGUCAGGCGAGAUCGGUCACUAGUGAUGUCUACAUCUGCUGCCAUGAUCUCUUCUGCAGAAACCAGGGUCAGCAAUGUCUAGCCUUCAGUACUUACCGGAGGACUUCUUAAGUGUCUGUGAUGUCAAAGAAACUUUGUGUCUACAGAAGUGCCAGGAAAGCAUCGCAACUGAGUAAAUGCUACUGUGUCAGAAGGCCGUGUGCCAAAUGCAGACCAAGGGAGACCGACUAAUGCAAAGAUGCUUGGCCAAAUCCAGUUCUGUGAACUGUUUUGUUGCGUUUGAAAUGCACUGUUCAGUUUUCUGGUUUCAUGCGUCUCCUAAUAGAUGUUAUGUUAAAAUCCUGUAAAGAAUCUGCCUUUUUGGUACACUCUGUUCUGGUGAGUUCCUUUUUCCUGCAGCGUGAUUGCAUCUCUGGCUUUGGAGCUGAAGACCUUGAUGCCACAGUCCAAUGAAGAGUAGUGGGGUUACUCAGUGAGGAGGGCUUGUUGUAAAGGACUCACUUGUCAAUGUUAAGACUAAGUGCCAUGACUUUAAAGCUGCAAGAAAGUAGAAAUGUAACUUACAAUGCAGUGUUUCUUAAUGCAAAAACCGAUGCCUUCAGAAGCAUCUUCAACCUCUUAAGCACGGAGCACCAUGGUUCUUCAACUGGGGUCCAAACCUAGAGUUAUUAUCAGGGUACUGUCGUCUUAGGUGCUGACACAGGCUGUGAUUGGUAUGGGUCAGAUCCAGGCUAAUGGGAGACUUUCCAGUGAUCAAUUUGGUUGAGACCAUUUGCUGUGGUUUUGCAGUUGAUAAGCUACUAUUUCUGACUCGCUUCAUCCCUCUCUUCUGCUACAAUUUGCCUGAAUUCUAGCAUGUCUGAGGGGGGCUGGGGCUGGGGAAGGAAAGGCAGAUCUCCUUGGGUAGGUUGCGUGAUCCAUAGUCAUCUCAGUGGGUGUCAACAUACUGAUUUCAAUCAGAGCCAUCAUGAAUUCUGGACAGUACCAUAACAUGUUUCACAAUCCAGCCUUUCAUUAGCGUGUGUUAGACCUACAAGUCAGCAGAUUUUGGCAGCCUUUGGGUUUCCAUAUUCACACCUGCCCUUGUUUGAACCUCACUACCAGAAUUGGCCUUCUACAUCCAGAGAUGAAAUGACACAUUGUGGUACUUUGUCAUCAGCUGGCAGUAUGGCCAUCAGGAUUUUGGGAACAUAGUGAUUUGGUUUGAGUUAAUAAGGACUCACCCUCACUAUCUCCAGAAUAGUUGUCUCGAGCCAAUACAAACAUCUGGAUCCAGAUUCCUUUCUGCCCAAGGUCAGAGGCUUGUUCAAAGCCAUACAGUAAAAUUUCAUGGGGGAGCCAGGGAGGAGCUGCCAGUCUUAUUUUAAUAGCUUUCAGCCAGAAGCAAGAUAGUGGGGUAAAGAGAAUUCAUGAUGGAGUGGGGCCUGCUGACCACAAAAACUGAAUUAUGAAAUAUAAAACUUUGACUCAUGCUAUGAUUAAAUUGCACCUACUUUACAUUGUUCCAUCUGCUCAAACUGAAUAG